AUGACUUAUCAAGCGCAAGCUGGAAAUGAACCUAAAGAAUUAGACGAAGAAUUUAUGGAAAAUGGCGUUCCCGUUUCGUUAGGCGAAAAGAAAACUUUGAAUGAAUACGUACAUAUGGAUGCCGAGGACCCUUCUUUAACCAAAUGGAAAGAGUCUCUUGGUAUUUCCAAUAAAGGAUACUCUCCUCCUAAUGACCCUAGAACUGUGGUUAUUGAGCAGCUCAGCUUACUUGUUACCGGCCGUGAUCCCAUCCAUGUGGACAUGCAAGAUGAAGCCAGCGUGGAAAAAAUCCAUAAGAAGGGAUUCGUCAUAAAGGAGGAUAGUGAAUACAGAAUUGGCGUCCGUUUUCGUGUUCAGCAUGAACUCAUCUCUGGCUUACGCUAUGUCCAAGUGGUACGCCGAGUAGGAAUGACGGUUGACAAAUCGUCUACCAUGAUCGGCUCCUAUAGCCCUAAUGAAGCUCCAUACGAAUUUACGACGGAACCCGAAGAAGCACCUAGCGGAUUCCUUGCCCGUGGUCAUUACGAAGCCAUCGGUAAAUUUAUUGAUGAUGACCAAGUUGUCCAUCAUGUAGUCAAUUGGUCAUUUGAUGUCACAAAGAGUUGGAAGUAA